GAAAUCUGCGAACGGAAUCUGACUAAACAAUUGCCCGACUGAUUUCCAAAAUGGCCGCCUCGCAAAACCCACGUUUUUUGGAAAGAUUGAAACAAUGAAUUAUUCCCGCAAAUCCAACCCCCAAAACGCGAUUGGGGGAGGCGAACUGCUACAGGAACAGGAUACAGUAGAGGGACACCAAUGGCAACAAGAUGGAAGGACAUGCGUGCGUGGUCUAAGGCCCGGAUUUUCCAAGUUGGAACAUUUUCCGGAUCGCAGGGAGCUCCGCCGUGGAGAAUAUCCCGACAGUGUGGUGAAAAUCGAGCUCAUGGCUUGUAUUUCGGUCAUCGGUAGUUUUGGUGUGAAGUUUUGAAGUUUCCGAAUUGACUGAGAGAAUUUCUGGAUUCGUCAUGGGGUGGAAUCAGCAAUAUGAAGAACUGGACGUACCACCCAGAAAAGGAGAACCUGUGGACGAACUCAGCAGUCCAGAAAGUAUCAAGUCACAUGAAAGACCCCCACUGAGAAAAAUCGAUCAGUACGUUAGAGCAGAAUUGCCAUGUUUAUCAAAAAGAGCCACCGUUGCAGUUUUGAGUUGUAUGGGUUUUAUUAUUAUGUUUGGAAUGAGAACAUCGAUGGGUAUAGUUAAGCUACAAUUCGAGAACAAGACUAAAGUAUGGGGAGAGGAUACAGCCUCAGCCAUAGAAUCUGCUAUCUUUUGGGGAUAUUUCAUAACACAAAUACCUGGAGGUUUGAUAGCUGCUGCAUAUCCCGCUAACAAACUUUUUGGUUUUGCCAUCGGAACUUCAUCACUUCUCAACUUCUUCAUACCAUUCACUUACAAACAUCCACCAUUCAUCAUCACGCUCAAGGUCAUGCAGGGUUUGGUUGAGGGUGUGACAUAUCCAGCGUGCCAUGGUAUCAUGAGGUACUGGGCCCCACCCUUAGAACGUUCAAAAUUAGCCACCUUGGCCUUUUCUGGCUGUUAUGGAGGUGUGAUGUUCGCCAUGUUGAUUUGUGGCGUCCUUGUCGACUAUUUUGGACCCAUGUCCCCAUUCUACUUCUACAGCGUCAUCGGAAUGAUUUGGUAUGUGGCAUGGGUGUGGCUGGUUUUCGAAAAACCAGCGUUACAUCCUUGUAUUGAGACGAAGGAAAUGAUGUACAUAGAAAAUUCGUUAGGAAAAGUAACAGAGACAUAUGUAGCUCCAACACUUCAGAACACUCCAUGGUUGACAUUCUUCAAGUCGAUGCCAUGUUACGCCAUUUUUGUGGCCAAUUUCUGUCGUUCUUGGAAUUUUUAUCUUCUUGUUCUCAACCAACCAAUCUAUUUCUCGGAUACUUAUCAUGAAUCUAUUGAGAAGAAUACCAUCCUUGGGGCCCUACCUCACUUUCUGAUGACCAUCAUCGUACCAAGUGGUGGUAUCCUAGCUGACAGAAUAAGAAGAAAUGGUAUCCUUACAACAACCCAAGUUAGGAAACUCUUCAACUGUGGUGGCUUCGGUAUGGAAGCUACAUUCUUCAUAGUGAUGGCUUACUGCAAUGAUUUUGAGCUAGCCAUCAUCGCACUGUCGAUUGGUGUGGCUUUCAGUGGUUUUGCCAUAUCUGGGUUCAAUGUGAACCAUCUGGAUAUAGCUCCGAGAUAUGCCAGUAUCCUCAUGGGUAUGUCUAAUGGAAUAGGAACCAUAGCGGGCUGUAUCUGUCCGUAUGUUGUGAAUAAGAUUUUGGGGGAAGAAAGGACCAUAGAAAGAUGGCGAGAAGUUUUCAUCCUUUCUGCUUUCAUCCACUACGCUGGUAUCAUAUUUUAUGGAAUUUUCGCGUCUGGUGAUUUACAAGAAUGGGCCGAUCCUACUGCAGAAGAAGAAAAACAAUGGAACCAGAUGGCCGAAGCCGGAAAUAUCAAAUCUUCUUUUGCUAAUCGAAACAACUCAGUCAACUACGGGUCAGUAGACAAACCAUUACCUCCAAGACCACCUCUUCCAAAGCAACUAACUCAAGAGUCAUCACUGCAGAACGUGCCACCCCAAUCAAUGCCUCCAAGUGCUCCUCCCGCCCAGCAACAAACCAAUUUGACCAAUCCUUUCACUGGAAGGGUGACGAAUCCUUUCAGACAGGAGGCUGUUCAACCAGAAGCUCAAGACACUUACAUGUACGGCACUGUUAACGACCGCACCUAUUAGUUUUUGAUGAAGGAGAAAAUGCAAGUCCGAUUUUUUCUCACACAAUUGCUUAUCUAAUUUUGCCUCAAGUAUCUGCAAAAUUCGAUAAGACAUCAGAUUUCGAAGAUAUUUGAAAUAAGAAACUCAUCUGGUGAAUUCUAUAAUGAUGCACUUGUUGCUUGGUUAAAUGCUAGAGAAAAACUUCUCUCGAUAAUUAUGAUAUCACUGCCUUGUGGAUGUCCAUACAUCAUUAUAGAAAAGAAGAACUGAUGAGGGUCUGGUCGAAAUUUCCAGAUAAUGGUGAGUUAAUUUCAAAUUUUUGAAGGAGAAAUUGAGAAGAACAUUUAAUAAACUAAUAUAAAAUAAUUACUCAACGUAUAAUUUCUUGGACUUGUCGUUUAGAUAGAAAUUUAAAAAGAUGUUCAAACGUUUAUAUUUCAUUAUGAGAUCAGAUAGGGAUAAAAGAGUUAGAAUCAAAUAAAAUAAUGGUAAACUGCAACUGUUGGCCACAGGCACGAACAAAGAUAUAUUUAGGUAAACUCUUUGUCAAUUUUAUAGUUAUAACAUUUUUCGAAUGAAUGGAAAGACAUUGUAAACCAUUUAUAAUGUAACAGAUAUCCAGUACAUAUUUAGAAAGGAAUAUUAUCAUCCUACUGAUUCAUUUAGUCAAUUAAUUGAAGGUCUUAUAAUUUCGUUGAUUUUUCCUUUUUGUGAGAAACAGCUUAAAAUAAUAUGGGAUCGUUUGAAAUGGGAUUGAUUUCGAUAAAUGAUAUUCAAAUGGUGAGCUCUCAAUUCAUUCGAAAUAUAUAAAUAAAUUUAAAUUAAUAUAUGCAUUUGUUGCUAAAAUGAUGAUAAGAAAAUAUCAUAAAAAAUAAUUAGCAUGAAAUGUAGUUUAUUUUCAGGGAUUGAUUCCUAACGUUAAUAAAGAAAAUCAUUAUGUCUAUUCAUAUUCUACCAUAAUUUUGAAUGCUUUCCGAAAAAGAAAAUAUUAAUAAAAUAUUAACAAUUCAACAGAGAUGAUUUUGACUAUCAUCUAAAUAUAUAUUCAAAGUUGCGGAACUUUUGUUGCUAUUUGCUUGGAUUCGAUGCAAUAGGACAUAAAAGUAUUAAACAUAUCUUUAUUAUUUUUUAAUCAUUUCAGUCAUAUAUGAGAUGAAUUUUGGUUUUUCAUCCAUUAGAUGAUUAGUAUUUUGAGGAUGAAACCUCAAGGCUGUGCUGACAAUAAAUAUGGCAGAGAUUAAUAAUAUCCCUGCCAAAUCGUUGAUAAUAAAUAUUGAAGAUAAUAAUUUUAAGAUGUAGAUGUGUAAGCGUAUACUUGAGACAAAUUUGUUAGAAUUUUUUCUGAUAUAAUUUAUGAUAUUAUUAGUUAUGAAUACUUAGGAAUUUUAUUCAGUUUAUUUUCAUGCGUUAAUUUUAUUUUGCUUUUUGUAUAAAAAGUACUUUGUUUAAGCGUAAAUAUCAUGAUUGCUGAUUCUUUUUAAAUUGUAAUAUGACGAAGGACAAUAUUACAAGUACAAUAAAAUACAUAAUUUUCGUUAUGAAACUGCAGUUCAUAAAAAAAAUUAAAAACAUUUGUUUCAUUCAAUUGGACAAGAAUAUAUAAAAAAUUCUAGGGAAAUAUUUCAUGUUGAGAUUAUUUUUGAUCGGUGAAAUACAAUAGGGCCAAUUUCAGACAAUAAACCAUGUUUUGAAUAAUCUACAAAUAUUUUUGAAAAUGUUGUACUUACCUAACUCUGCACUUCGUUAAUUAUGCACUUGUUUUUUUAGGCUUUUAAAAUUGUCAUUGUUGUGAGCGUUUGUGAAGAUGGUAAGAAUGAAAUUGAACCUUAAAUAAAAUUUGGAAUGUGAGUUACUAAAAAUUAAUAUUUCAUUUGAUUAUAUGGAAUGAUAUUUUAAGAAGUACUCAAUCUUCAAAAUUACGAAUUAGUUAGUUAGUACAUCACUAAGUAACCCACAUUCGAAACAGUUGAUAAUUAAUGUAUGGGUCAACUGUUUUCUGUGUAUUUGAAGUUUUGUGAUUGAAUUCAUGUAUAAAAAUUCAUAGUGUGAGAUCGUUUAUUUAUAUUGUCGUCCUCACAAUAUUAAAAUGUUUCUGAAUACGCUAAAUAAUCGAGAUAGAAAUAAUCAUAUGUAAUUUCUUGAAAAACUAUCCUCCAGUUCUAUCUGAAUGUUAAAUGUGAUGUGAUUUUUAUAUAAAUAUAGUACCAUUCUACUCGAAUUCAACAUGAUUAGUUCAUCAGAAAAUAAGGUCGUUACGAAAACUGGCGACAAAAAAUUGAUGUCAACUACUCUUAUAAAUAUCAUCAUUCUGAAUUCGAAGACAUAUUUCCUGAUAUAAAAUUAAAUUAUAAAAACAGUGAAUAUUGACAUUGAGUUUUGUAAUAUUAUUCUUAUGUUUUGGGGAGUUAUAAAUUGAAAAAAGAUCUCUCCAGAAAUUUUUGGUGAUGCUUCUUCAAGCGUUAUCAAAAAUUUCAAAGCUAGAUUUUUCACUAGUGUAUAGGCAAUAAUAUUAUUGAAUACUAUAAAAUUUAAGUUGCACUCAUAAAAAUAGUUAUAAAUUGUAGUUUUAGAUUAAUCUGAGGAUGCUGAUUGUUGAUCCUUUCGAAAGAAACUUUAUCUUUGAAAUUUCUUCUAUGUUCAUUGGAUACAUAGAAUGUUUCGAAAUUGUUUGUUGAACUAGUUUGUAUAAAUUUAGAUGUAUUUAUUUGAUGUUUUUAGUGGAACAAUGAAGGAAUUUCAUUCUAGCAAUAUGAGUAAACAGUGUUUAUUCUUUUCCAAUGUAUGAAUUUAAAUAAAACUCUUUCAUGAAUGUAUACUACAUGUAAAAUAGAAAAGAAUUGAAAUAAACGAUUACUG